AGCUUGACCCCAUAACCUUCUAAACUUCCGGCUGUCAAAAAAAUGUCAGAAACUAAAGCAAUUUGGUUUGAAAUCCACAGAUUAUAUCAAACAGAUGCUGGUAAUAGUCCUAAAAAAACAGAAGUAAAGAAUAUUGAAGUGAAUGAAGAUGACAUAGGUGAAGAAAUAAGACAGAAAAUAAGAAGUGAUUUAGGUUUAGAUGAUCAGGGCUUGAUUAUUAAGGUGAGAAAUGAGAGGGGAUCGUUAAUACCAAUAAACAAAAGACUGGAAUCUAAUUCACAAGAAAAUCCUUAUAAAUUAGAAAUAGUUAGAAGACAUCAAAACAUUGCACCAUUAUCACGAUCUGUAAAGUUAGAAAGUUAUAAUGAAACAAUGAAGUUAAAAUUAGUUGAUAUCAUUACUAGAAUUGAGAAAUUAGAAAGUUCUUGUCCACAAUUACAGUCCAAAAGAGAUGAAAAAGUACAUGCAGAAUUAGAAGAUAUUGAUAGAAAGUUAAAUUUUUUAAAUAAAAGAAUAGCAGAAGCUGAUGAUGCUAACUGGACUGGCAUGUUCCGUAAAAAUCCACUAUGGUGAUAUCUUAGAACACUUCAUUGACAACUGAGCCACAUUUGACAGCAUUACAAUAUAUUGAUACAAAUUUUAUUAAAAUAUUAUUUAUUAUAACCAUGUGGACAUCUAGCCACUGUGAAAAGUACUAUGGCAUCCAUGAAUGCAUUAUGUACAGUUGUUUCUUGAUAAAUGGAUGAUUAUAGUUGGAACAAGUUGUGGGACCUCGAGUCCGAGUUCAGUCGGGUCAUUGAUGUGACUCGUGGGACUCUAGUCCAAGUUGCGAGACUUGAGUUCCGACCUCUGGUUAUCGCUGUAUGUAACUUUUAAACCGCCUAUUCUCAAUGUCCAUCUUGAUUAUCUCGAUCUGUGCAGAUAAGUAAGAUGUUAAACCCCAUUUGUGUCCUCAAUGCAAAUGCUAAGUCAUGAGUAUGAAUCCAUGUUUGUACUCAACACGAAUUACGGUCAAUUUCCUUGGUUUACUCCAGUUUCUUUCUACUGCUACAGAGCCCUGAAUGCAAUAUGACACGACUCUUGCUAUCUAGCUAUAUACAUCAAAGUAAAAAUACACCAUAUGUAAAUCCUGUGUUUGUGUUCAGUGUGUAUCUAGCCUUAGUACUUUUCACAUUGGAUAAUACACCAUAUGUAAAUCCUGAGUUUGUGUUCAGUGUGUAUCUAGCCCUAGUACUUUUCACAUUGGAUAAUAUGAAGAUGCUCCAGUACAUGUGGGGGGGUUGGAUGGCUAAAUGGUUAGCGUGCGCGCGCUGUAUCAUAAAGUCUGUCAUUGAGUCGACUGGCAUGGUUUCGAAUCCCCUGUUGUACGUGGCUAGGAGUAGGGUCGCCUAUCCAACCUCGUGGGUUUUCUCCGGGUCCUCCGGUUUCCUCCCACUGCUAAAGACCCCUACGCGCAAGCGAAUUAUGUAAAUAAAAUAGAACCAUAUGUUAGUCCCGAAAUGACCUAGUUUGUGUCGAGUGGACGUUAAACCCCAUCUCUCUCUCUCUCUCUCUCUCUCUCUCUCUCUCUCUCUAGUACAUGUAGUGUUUUUAUUGCCAUUUGUAUUUAACCUACAACUGCCAUAUUUCAACUUCAUUCCCAUGCACUUGUUCUUGAAAAAUAAGGCCCAUUUUCCAUGUACAUGGUUCCGAACUGGACCUUUUCCAUGAACAGGCACAAAAGUGUACAGGCCUUAGACCUGUUGAAAUACUUUCUUUAUUUAGUCCUUGUUAAUAUUUCUUUUAUGUUUUAAUUACACUGUAGAAGUGAUAUGCCAAAAUAUUUGAUUGCAAAUUAUAUGGGCCUAUAUAUAGCCUUAUCAGGUUAUCAAUUCAACUGCAUUAUAUUUUUAUUACGAUAAUUUUCUGUGAACAAAAUAACAGUGAUGAAGCUGCCAAUAUUGUCUAACUUUUAUUUAAAGAUGCAUUAUGUAAGAUAGGAGGCGUUAAUCGUCUACUGAUUAGCCAAAGUGAUUUGCAUUUAAUCAAAUUUUCAUCUUUACCGUCCACCGAAUUGAAAUCGAUUACCCUAAUCAACGAAUUAAUAGACACCGAAUUUCUAAGCAAUUACCACAAAUUGCAAAAUCACCUCUAGGUGCGAUUUCAUCACAUGUUUUUUUUUCAACUAUGUCUAGCCACAAGAAUUGUUUACAGCUAAUCCGCGCAUUAACAAGUUCCCCAAAGCACUUUGAAAUUGAAUAUACCGUCACAUGACUUAUCCAUUAAAUUCAAAUUGAUUUGGCAAGUCGAUAAAAAAGCCUUUAGAUAAAGAGCUGGCCAAUCUCGCUAUUAUAGUUCAAAAAUAGAUAACGAAAAGGGAAUUUAUUCUAAGCUAGGUUAUAAGUGUUUGAGGUUUUGACAUCAUAGUUGUGAUUGUCAAGUACCAUUGCUACAAUAACAAAGUCUUGAUUAUCCAUUUUAUCGUUAAAUUAUUAAACGCCAGGAGUGUUCUAAUCCAUUCAAUAUCUAAGCCAUUCGAUGACCUAGAGUUGAUUAUGGGAUUUUUAUGUUAAUAAAUGUCUAAAUAAUAUCAGUAAUUUAUAUAACAUUUGAAGCUAGGAAAAAAAGAUCUGUAAUAGAUAGAUUCAGCUCUUGCAUAAUGUCUUUUUAAAUAGAAUUUUAUCAUACCGGUAAUACGAUAAUUUUCUGCGUAAAGAUGAAGACUGAUGAAUCUGCCAAUAUUGUCUAUAGAAUACAAGGUUUCAACUUCGAGAAGAAUACAUUUGGCAAACAUAUUACAGACAUCUUGAAUAGCAGUUGGGAAGAGUGCCAUAAACGAUUUAUUGGCUUAUGUUUUUAUUCUGGUCACAAGUAUGAAGUGUAUAACACUCAGUAGAUAUAGUAAAUCACUUAUCUAUUAUAUAUAAGUGUGAGUAAAACCCAGACAAUUUUAGCUUAUCUUGCUUGUAAAUAUAAGAGUGAAGUUCUGUAUAUUAUUAAUGCUCAAGAUAUAUUAUUCUGCUGUACUGUACAUUUGCAUAGGGCCAGAGUUCAAAUCUAUAUAUUUGUGAUUGUUGUUUGUCAGUCUGCUCCUUUGUUAGGAUUUGGGUGGCCGCAAGGUCUGUCAUUGAGUCAAGUGUGUGGUUUUGAUUCCCCACUUGUAUGUGAAAAGCAGUAGGGUCGCCUGUCCAACCUUGUGGGUUUCCUCUGGAUCUUCCAUCCCCCCCUUCCACCCCCACUACUAUUCACAAAUAUAUGUACACUGCCUAUUGAUGAAGAGCAACAUAUAUUAUUCCCACUGUAUUCAAUUUGUGUAUUCUGUUUUUGUGAGAAAUAUAUGAUUGUUCUUGUAUGAUUAGUUGUAUAUUUGAGAAUUUUAAAUUCCUAUUUAUUUAUGUAAAAUUGUUAAUGUGUUGUACUACCUCAAUGUAAAUAUCUCCUCUAAAUCAAUAUUUAUAUUAUGUUAUUUUUUUUAAAUGUAAAUAUUUUUGGAUGUCUUUUAUUUUUGAAACUUUUUUUGUGUUCAGCAGCAAGGUUCAUACAUCCUCUUCAUCAAUUUUAUUUUUUUUUGAAAAUGCGUCUGUCAUUUCCAAACAAUUCAAUGUAUCAUUCAUUUCUCUUUAAACAUGAAUCUAGAAGAGUUGAUUUUUCUUUCAGUAGUAAAAUUAAUUUAGGAACAAUAUAAAUCCCUUGCAAACUACAAUAUCGUGAAAGAUAAAUCUCUAAUAGGAACAUCAGUGCAAAAAUUGUGCAAUUCUGUUCAGUAUAUACAAAGAUAUAUUGAAAUCAAAUUUCAUUGAUCUAUGCUGAUCACCCCCCACAAUUUUGUUGUGGGCUAAGAGAAGUGAUAGGUCUAUUUUAAUUCCAAUUAAAUCAAGGUUGUGAGGUUAUCUAGUGUUAGUAUAUUGAUUCUGAUUAAAUGUUAAAAGAUCAAUCCGAGUACAUAUUUAGUCUUGAUUAAGCCAUUAGAAAAUCGAUAUUUUAGUGAAAAAUGCAUAUGACAAAUCAUUACUUUAAAAGAAACUUUCAGGGAAUUCUUUAUGUAGGAACAUGUAUGGGCAGCAACAAUUUUCCUCAUAUCAGAUUUGAACGGUGAUAAAAUUUGAACCUUGCUGCUUUGUGUUUGUUCCGUUUUCUCAUGGGAUUUAUUAUUUUGGAUGAGUAUUUAGCAGCUAUUUAAAAACUUUUACAAUUUCAUUUAUUAUUUAUUAUCAUUUGUGUUCUAAAAAUGUUUCAGCCAUCUAAGAAUCGGCCGCAUAUGAUCGGUGUUUACUACAAGUAGGAAUAUUUUUCACCUUGACUUAUAACUUUAUAUUAUACAUAUUGAUUACCUAUAUCCACCUGUAGCCAGCACCUUUAUUGUUGAAAUAUAAAUAUAGAUUACUUAUACCUACCCAGAAUCACUGAUGAGGCACUACCCCAUUUCAGAAGGCAUCCAAUCAAAUAGUGAAAUUAAUUUGAAUACAAAUUUUAUGUUAUCUGUUUUGACAUAUUUGAAAUGUCUUCCUUUCGCACAUCUCUAUAGCACUUGGCAGAUUCCGUUACUCUACAUCUAGCCUAGGCUGAAUGAUGGUAAGUGAUAUGUUCCUACGCCUAUACAAUUGCGAUGCGGCACUGGUUUACUUAUUAGGAAAACUUGCCGCUUUUAAAAAGAAGUUAUCAAAAUUGGGUCGUUCGAAGCGUGUGUAGAAAUUUCAGUGCAAAGUUGUCCUUGUUUAAAGAAAAUUGGAUAAACUUGAAAGAAAAACAGCUUCAGGCUUUGAAAUACUUGUAUGAUCAUGGACCUUAUAAUAUUAUAAGGUCCAUGGUAUGAUAAAACAUUCUUCAAAGGCGUUGUCAUGGGCAACGCCGUUGGUAAUCCGGGAACUUGACAGUAGUUCCAAUGGCGGACUUCGUCAUACAGCCGAGGCGAGAUGUACGAUACUGGAAUCUGCUGACGUUUGCCAAUUGGGUCCUAUAACAGAGUCUUGGGUAUACAAUCAAGGAGUUGACCCCUGACAUCACCAAUCCUUUGUACACUACUGUAUCUACUUGUGAUUCUAUUGUUGUAUUUAUUAUGUAAACUAAAAUAGAUGUAUUUUUAUUAUUACAUUAUUAAUGUAGCAGUUCUUUGUUCAAAAUAUAUAUUUUAAAAAUGUAACUUUUGUUAAUUAUAGUAGAUUAUUUUAGUUGUAAUAUAAAGCAUAUGGUUUAAUGAUACACAAAUUUAUUAUUAUAUUUAUACAAUAUAUUAAUUUGUACUGCUUAUUUACACAAUUGGUUCUUUUUAUUUAUUAAUUAGUACUGUAUAUGUAUGUGUAUUAUAUAUUAGUUGGUACUGUGUAUGUAAUACACAUGUAUUACAUGUAUAUAUUAAUUGGUACUGUAUGUGUAUUAUAUAUUAGUUGGUACUGUGUAUGUAUUACAUGUAUAUAUUAAUUGGUACUGUAUGUGUAUUAUAUAUUAGUUGGUACUGUGUAUGUAUUACAUGAAUAUAUUAAUUGGUACUGUAUAUGUACAUGCAUUAAUCAGUACUGUGUUAUAUGUAAUAUAUUAAUUGGUACUGUAUUAUAUGUAAUAUAUAUUAAAUGGUACUGUAUAUGUACAUUAUAUAUUAAAUGGUACAGUAUAAUUAUGAACUUGAUACUGUAUGUACAUGAAUUAUUUGGUACUGGAAAAAAUAUAUAUAUUUAUUGAUGUU